GAAUGGCGCAGUGCAGUAAUCCUUUGUGUGCAGUAUCAGAAGUACCUUUCACAGCCGUGGGUUCUAUCUCAUCUCGCUUCCGGAACUCUCCUGGUGAAGGAAAGUGAAGAAGAGACAAUGAUUAUUUUAAUUUUUGUAGCUUUUGUGGCCCUUCUCCUGUAUUCCGUUCUAAUUUUCAAACCAAAGAACUUUCCUCCUGGUCCUCCAUGUUUACCUGUGGUUGGUUCAAUUCCCUUCAUCCCGGCGAAGCAUGUGCAGUUCACCAUGGUUAAGAAGUGGAAGAAACAGUAUGGUCCUGUUGUGGGACUCAUGCUUGGUUCCAAACCAGCAUUAGCAGUCAUUGGUGCUGAAGAAUGUCUGGAGGUCUUCCGCAGAGAUGAAUUCCAAGGAAGACCGGACACUUUUAAUUCAAGAGACAGGGCUUUCAACAAAAGACUAGGGUUCUUCUUUACUGACGGGCCGUUCUGGGUGGAACAACGUCGUUUCACUCUGCGCCACUUGCGAGACCUUGGGUUCGGAAAGAAGAGUUUGGAAGGGAUCAUUUUAGAUGAGGCUGAAGUUCUGAUCAAGCAGCUGCAAUUUAAUGAGAUCCAGAAGUGUGGCUUCUUUGGAGUUCCUGCCAUUAACGUACUCUGGGCAGUUCUGGGUGGCGAACGACAUUCCCACGAUGACAGAGAAUUUAAGGCCCUUCUACAGAAGAUAACCAGAUUAUUUCGGACAGGAAAUCCAUCUGGGGACAUCGUAGAUGUUCUUCCGUUUCUAAGGCUUAUCUUUCCCAAUCUAGCUGGUUACCGGGAAAGAAACAUUGCGACUACAGGUGGACACAAUUUCUUCCGGGAAGCUAUCCGACAACAUGCAAGAACUCUUGAUGAAAACGAAUCCAGAGACUUCAUAGAUGUGUACCUGAAGGAAAUGAAGAAGAAUGACGGCAUUAACAAUACGUCAUUUACAGAGGAUGGCCUCAUUACGAUCCUGUUGGAUCUGUUUUCUGCUGGUGCCGAGUCCGUGGCCAACAGCCUGGAUUACUGCAUACUGUACCUGAUACUCCACCCACAUAUCCAGAAGAAGGUGCAGGAUGAACUGGACGCCGUGGUUGGCCGCAGCAGAAGACCUUCCCUAGACGACAAACCCAGAUUGCCUUACGUUGAAGCUACCCUCACCGAAGUGCUUCGCAUCAACCCAAUAGCCCCACUUACCCCACAUCAUAGGGUUUUGAAGGACACAAAACUCAAUGGUUACGAUAUUCCCAAGGAUACAACUGUCAUCAUAUGCUCAUAUGGCGUGCUCUCUGAUCCUGAUCACUGGGGCGAUCCUGAAGUUUUCCGCCCUGAGCGUUUUCUCGAUUCAAAUGGCAAGUUCAUGAAAGACGAUUGGAUGAUAAAUUUUGGAAGUGGAAAAAGAUUUUGCCUUGGUGAAUCUCUUGCGAGGAAUAUUCUGUUCAUCUUCUUCGCCACCUUCUUCCAAGAAUUCUCAUUAAGUAUUCCAGAAGGAGACCCAAAGCCCAGUACAAUGCCGCAGUCUGGAUUUACAACUGCUCCUUACCCUUUCAGAAUGAAAAUAAAGGAACGAUUGGGUAAGAAUCCUGGGAUUCAGAUGAUCGUCACACUGGUACUAUGGACCCUCUUCUUUUACCUAUUGUAUUCCUGGCUGACAAUGAAGCCGAAGAACUAUCCACCAGGUCCACUACACUUUCCUGUCAUCGGUCCUGCCUUCUCUGUGCCAAGAAAACUUGUUCACAUUACCCUGGCUGGGGAAUGGCUUCAGAAAUACGGGCCUGUGGUUGGGUUAGCGUUUGGUUCCCGUAAAAUAAUAGCAAUUUGUGGGGCUCGUGAAGUUCUCGAAGUCUUACAAAGAGAAGAAUUCCAAGCAAGACCAACCAGCAUGUUCUUCAAAGAAAGGUCCUUUGGCAAACGACUUGGGGUGUUCUUCUCUGACGGUCCAUUCUGGGUUGAACAACGCAGAUUCACUCUCAGAAACCUAAGAGAUUUCGGUUUUGGCAAGCAGUCAAUGGAAGGCUUCAUUAUGGAAGAGGUAGAAGAUACUAUAAAGGAAGUGACGCAGAAAGGAGUUCUGCAGGUUAACGGACUGUUCAGUGUUGCCACGCUGAAUGUCCUGUGGCGGAUGAUAGCUGGUUCCCAUUAUUCGCGAAACGACGAGGAACUCCUGACUCUUCUUGAGAAAGUGAGCAGAUUUUUUCGUUCAGGAAAUCCCAGUGGAGGACUUGUUAAUUUUUUCCCUAUCCUAAAAACUAUUGCUCCUGUCCUAUCUGGGCACACCGAAGCGAAGGAGAGCCUUUUGGAUAUGCAGAACUAUUUCAGAAAAUCCAUAUGGGAACACAAGAAAACUAUAGAUAAAAAUAACCCAAGGGACUUUAUAGAUGUGUACUUACGAGAAAUGGAGGUGCAACGCAAUAAACCGGACACCACAUUCACAGAGGAAGGACUCAUAGUACUCUGUCUGGACCUGUUCUCUGCCGGCGGAGAGACACUGUCGAGCUCUCUAGCCUUCUCACUGCUCUACAUGAUACUGAACCCGAAUGUACAGAAGGCUGUACAGAAAGAGCUGGACCAAGUGGUUGGGAGAGACAGGAGACCCACACUAGCAGACAGAGGAAGUGGAACAAUCGAGNUUAUCGUAUGGAGUGCAACAGGAUGCUUAAAUAUAAUAUUGAAUUAUUUAAGUGGAACAAUCGAUCGCAACAAUCAUUGUCAUGUGAUCCGUGGUUUCGAACAGGAAUCCAUGGUAGUGAUCAACCUCUACAGUGUAUUCCAAGACCAGGAACACUGGGGCGAUCCUGAGGUCUUCAGACCUGAACGAUUUCUGGACUCAGACGGCCAUUUCGUUAAAGAUGACUGGAUAAUUCCGUUUGGUGUUGGGAAAAGAAUGUGCAUUGGCGAGGUCUUGACACGCAACACUAUUUUCUUAUUCUUCACAUCACUUCUUCAAGAGUUCUGGUUCAGCGUGCCCGAAGAAGAUCCCGAGCCAUCACUUGUCCCUCUCUCAGGGUUUACUAUUGCUCCUAGGUCAUUCAGAGUAAAAGCUACGAAACGAACAUGAAUCAAGUACUCACAUGAAUGUAACUGUGGGUCUUGUAUUGUGCAGAGUCGCGCACGACUCCAGAACAGUCUGUAACAGUAACAGUUAAAUAUGUAUUUGAUUAAAUCAGCAUUAAAUGUGCAGUUCUUCCUUUUAA